AUGACAAGAGGUGCAAAAAUGGGCACGUGUCUUUUACAUAACAUUGGUUUAGCGCUUGGUGCGCAACUUAUCGGCAUGUUCGAAGGAAAAGGUACCGGUUUGCAAUGGUCAAUGUUCAAUGAACCAGUAUCAGUUGAUGAUAACUUCACUAUGGCACACGUCAUUAUCAUGUUUUAUGUCGAUGCCUUGAUUUACCUUGUGCUUGCUUUGUAUAUUGAAAACAUUUGGCCAGGUCAAUAUGGAAUACCAAAGAGUAUCUUCUAUCCGUUUACACUAAGCUAUUGGCGAGGAUACACAAAAGCAAAUGUUCCUGUUACAAAUGAUGAAUCUGUUAAUCAAGUUGCAGAUGAAUCGGUAAAUCCUGAUGCGUUUGAAACUGAGCCUACGGAUAAAGAAUUGGGUGUUCAACUUAAUCAUGUUUCUAAAACGUAUUCAUUUCUUGUACAAAGACGUC